ACUCAGCAGUUGAGUAAUUCAAAUGGAUUAGAUGGGAAAUAAAGCCCAAAUCGCCGUAUCAAUCCUCUCCAUCCUCAGCGCCGCCGCCGCUGCCUCCUCUCCCACCUUCGCCGGCGCCGGCGCCGACUGGCGGCGGCCUCCUUCUCGGCGAAGUGAAGUGGCGGCUGUCGAUGAGGAGUUGCUGCUCUCCUUCUUCUCUCUGUGGGAUUUCUAGAGCGGCGUGGAGGCACGCGUUGGCCGGCACUCUGAGUCUGAGCGGCAGCCACCACCACCAGCGCAGCCUGCGAUACCUCCCCGUUAGGCCUCCCACGCCGCCCAUUGCCCUUAGCCUUGCUGAGCGCUUAUUCUCUUCUUCCUCCUCCUCCAAGCGCACCACCAAGAGAUCCGCCGCAAAGAAGGGCGCCCCGAUGGACUCUGCCAGCGGCGAACCGUUCUAUGUCGUCCGCAAGGGCGACGUCAUCGGCAUCUACAAGAACCUCGCCGACUGCCAAGCGCAAGUCAGCAAUUCGGUCUGUGAUCCUUCUGUGACUGUGUACAAAGGAUAUUCCUUGCGUAAAGAUACAGAGGAGUAUCUUGCUGCGCGUGGGUUAAAGAAUGCUAUGUAUUCCAUUAAUGCAGCAGACGCAAAAGAUGAAUUGUUUGAUGAUCUGGUUCCCUGCCCUUUCCAGCAACCGGAUGGAAAUGCAACCUCUACUCUGAAAAGGCUACAAGAGACGGAAACCGGACCGUCGAAGAAGCAUCCCAAAGUUGCUGAACAGGAACCAUUACCUGACAGCCAUCUGUCCUGUAUUCUUGAAUUUGAUGGUGCUUGUAAAGGAAAUCCUGGGAAAUCAGGUGCCGGUGUAGUAGUAAGGCGGCCUGAUGGAUCUCUGAUUGCUCAUCUACGUGAGGGUUUGGGUGUUGUAACAAAUAAUGCUGCUGAGUAUCGUGCAUUGCUCUUGGGCCUGAGAUAUGCUGCUAAGAAGGGAUUCAAGUAUAUUCGUGCCCAAGGAGAUUCUAAGCUUGUCUGUUACCAGGUUCAAGAUAUCUGGCGUGUUAAGCAUGAUAAUAUGGCUGACUUGUGCAAGCAAGUCAAGGAACUGAAGAGAAGUUUUCUUCAGUUCCAGCUCAACCAUGUUUUGAGGGAAUUUAAUGCCGAUGCUGAUGCCCAAGCUAACUUUGCUGUUGAGCUUCCUGUUGGUGAAAUUCAAGAGCAGUCAAACUUCCCAUGCUAGUGAAACAAGAGUGACCGAGGCGGAUUUGGGAUGUUUGGAUAAAAAGUCCAAGCCGAGGAAACGUGUGUAGAUUUUUGGAUGGUGCGGAGCUAGCUUGAGUAACAUAGCACUAGUGUCUACCAGCUUAUGAUAUUACGUGGACUCGAUACUAUAGUAGCGAAAUGAAUUGAUGCUGCCCCCGCUAAGGGAAAUAUGACACUGCUGCAA